GUUUGGAGUCAUCAAGACUCAGAAGUGAAUAUAGCAGCGCACAUACAUCGCUCUGAAACAACAUCAAGAUGGAACUUAAUUCUCUUUUAAUUCUGCUGGAGGCUGCAGAGUACUUGGAAAGAAGAGACAGAGAGGCAGAACACGGUUAUGCGUCUGUAUUACCGUACAGUAGCGACUUCUCCAGGAAGAAAACGAAAGCCUCGCCAAUCUCCAGAAAAACUCAGAACAAUAGAUCGUCGCACAAUGAGCUGGAGAAACACAGACGUGCCAAACUACGGCUGUACUUGGAGCAGUUGAAGAAGCUGGUGCCUUUGGGUCCAGACAGCACGAGACACACCACACUGAGCCUGCUGAAAAGGGCCAAGAUGCACAUCAAGAAGCUGGAGGAGCAGGACAGGAAGGCUUUAAACGUGAAGGAGCAGCUGCAGAGAGAGCACCGCUACCUCAAACGCCGCCUGGAGCAGCUCUCUGUGUCAGGAUCCGUGGAGCGCAUCCGCACUGACAGCAUGGGCUCCACCAUCUCCACCGACUCCGAGCAAGAGGUGGACAUCGAGGGUAUGGAGUUCACGCCCGGCGAGGCGGACAGUGUGGACAGCAUCAGCGACGGCGAGGAGGAGGACCACUACAGCCUCCAGAGCAGCUCCAGCGACACCAGCUACUCAGCCACACAUUCCCACAGACUGCAGCCGCACCACUGUUAGACGCAGCGGCCCUCCAUCUCCCAGCCUGAUCCAGCUCCCUCACCCAUGCUUUCCUUCUCCAGCGCCGCCCACUACCUACAUCAGACCAGUCCACAAAGGCGGUACACCCUGAACCUGUUCCUCCUAUCCUGGCUCCGGCUCUCCAGGAAGCCGUGGGGCUAAAAUGCCACUCAAGCCUUCCUGACCUCCCUCCUCCUCCUCCUCCUCCUUCCUAUAUACCACUGACCCUACCUCACCCUACUGUAUCCUGCCUGAACCUGCCCCUCCUGACACGCCCUGCCCUCCCACUGCCCUCCCACUGCCCUCACAACCCCUACCUAGUGUUUUGCUGCAGGCUCAGAGAGAGCAGAGUAGAAUUUGUGGUUCAUGUCGGGGACUUCUGUGGUGUGGUGGACAGCUUUGACUUGUUAAUCAGGAUUUUGUAAAUGUUUGUUUGUGUGUGUGUGUGUGUGUGUGUGUGUGUGUGUGUGUGUGUGUGUGCAAGAGAGAAAGACCAAGCCAGUGAGUUAAAGAGAGGUCAAAAACAACAUAUAAGCUCCAUGUCAUCUCCAUGUGGCAAUAAUACACAAACACUUCUGUUUGUUCUGCAAUACAUGCAACACCGGGACCUCAAAAUGUAUUUACAUCACACAGUAACUUCCCUUCACACAAGUACGAUUCACAGAAGUAGCUUUAGCAGAUGCCCUGAACAUUCUCUGAAAAGUUCGACUGUCGAAACAUGGUGUAAGCUUAAAGGAAUAGUUUGACAUUUUGGGAAAUACACUUGAUUGACCUUCUUGCAGAGAGCUUGAUGAGAAGAUUGAUACCAUUCUGAUAUCUGUCCAGCCAAUAUUAAGCUGGAGCAAAGAAAUGUUUAGUCUAGCUUAGCAUAAAGUUUGGAAAUAGGGGGGGAACCAGCCAGCAUGGUUCUGUCUAAAGAUGAAAAAAUACUUACCAGCACUUCAAAAGUCGAAAGUGUUGUGUCUCAUUUGUUUAAUCUGUAAAAAAAAAAACAAAAUGUAAAAUUGCGGUUUUAUGAGGAGUUGUUUGGCAGGGAGCAGUGACUUCCACAUAACCCCCAUCAAGAAACUGUAACUUGCUGAUUUUUGUUUGGUUUUUUUUAUAUUGACAAAAUAAACAAGUGAGAGGUGUUGUUAGGCAGUUUUUUUUUAUUUGGACAGAGCCCAGCUAGCUGUUUCCAACUGUUUCCAGUCUUUAUGCUAAGCUAAGCUAACUGCCUCCAGCUUCAUAUCAAACAGACAGGCAUGAGUGGGGUAUCGAUCUUCUCAUCUAACUCUCAGCAAGAACCUGAAUCAACACGUUUUUUCCCUUUAAAUUUUCACUUUUCAGGAUGGUGUCAAAGCGUAGCAGUACCUCUGCAAAUGUGUAAUCUUAAUCUUCUGUUUGUAGUCAGAUCUUGUUUACCAAAUGUGGCCGACUUUUUGGGCCAAAGACAAACUGAAAAAGUGACAGAGCCGUAGCAGAGAAGAAAGAAUGUAUAUAGAUGUACAGUUACUGUCCAAACCCUCAUGUCUCCCUUUGGUUGGGUUGCCUAACCACUACUCCACACUACUGACCACUACACUAUACCACCCUAUGGUGUGGAUGGACUACUAUGUCAAAUGAAAACAAGAGUUGCCUCACAACAUUAACUCUAUUCCUUAAAGAUUGAUUCAAAUCUUGUGUUUCCUUCUCAGUAGCGAAUUGAUGUAGCAAUAAAUACGAGAGGAGGGUGCUUCCUCUGAGUGUUUUAAAAACGAUUCUGGUGGACCAUAAGGUAUUGCGGGAGACUUUUUCCUUGACCUUUUUACCCUGUAGAUGGCAAGUGUGCGGCUACAGAGAGCGGACCUGCAAGAAAAGGAGCAAUCCUCCUUUUUCUUUUUCACUAGUGGUUCGUUCUCUUUGCUCACGAGUCCAUCGAUCCAGAAUUUGCAUUUCUCUAUAGCUCUGUUACUUUUUCACGCAGUAUUCAUGUGUGUGUGGAUGUUCUUUUUUUUGUUUUUUUUUCCUGAUUACAAGUCAAAGCUGUAA